CGCAUUUUCUUUCCUUGAUUCUACACUGACGCCAUUGAAGAAGAAGGAGCUCAGAUCUCCAAUCAGAAACCCUAUCCAAACCGUUAUUUUGGACCCAGCGAUCCGAUCAGAAAGGCGAGCCCGUUGAAGGUGAUGGGCUGGAAUUACCAUUCGUAUCCUAACUGUUGGAUAAUGAAGCAUUGACUUAUAUAUAAAUCUUGGCGGUGGGGAAGCAUGAAUAUUGUCAAGGGUGUUGCUGACCUAAUUCGAAGGACUUCUGGUGGCCAUGAUGGAGAUUCUGCUUCAGGGUCACAAGCUCAGAAGUUCUCUCCCCCUGGUCCGAAGAUCCGAUUCAGUGAAGUUGGAGAUGAAGCUGUCCUGAAUAUACUUUGGGAUAGAUACGAAAAAGCUAUUGAUAAGGUGGAAAAGAGGAGGCUGUUUCAUGUUUUUCUUAAGCAGUUUCUAGUUGUAUACAAGAACUGGGAACCAGUACAUUGUGGCCAAAUUUCAGAGGUUGCUUCAACUACCAUCCAAACUGCAGAGUAUUCAUCAAACUCAGAUGUAGUUACUGGCUGCUUUGCUGGACAUCCUGCAGAAGUCAUUUUAAUACUUACUGAAGAGAUUACACAAUUAACUGCUAUGGUUGCAGAGUUAAACACCAGUACAGUUCGUUCAUCAGCAGACUUCUCUAGCCAUUCCACGACCUUAAAUAUCAUAUCUGAAGGAAUGCCACUCCUGGAUGCUCUUAUGAUUGUUACCCGUUCGUUGCACAAUUGCAGAGUUUUUGGGUACUAUGGUGGGAUUCAAAAGCUGACGGCAUUAAUGAAAGGGGUUGUAGUCCAGCUUAAAACGAUAAGUGGUGCACUUUCAGCUGAUGAAAAGUCAUCUGAUUAUACUGUGGAGAGGACUGGACUCCUGCAACAAAUACUUGUAUAUGUGGUGUCAAUAAUAUGUAGUUUCAUUGAUUUAAAUUCAAAUGUAUAUGAGAAAGGUCAGUUGUAUAGUAAUACUAUAGGCUCUGUUUCAAGGGAUGGUACAUCUCCAGUUGACUCUUCUGGUAGUUCAAAGGUUCCUUCUAGUGAAAUAAGGUUACGAUGGCAUCAGAGGGCAGUUGUGUCUGUGAUGGAAGCUGGUGGACUUAAUUGGUUAGUAGAGCUGCUGCGUGUAAUCAGAAGGUUAAGCUUGAAAGAACAGUGGACGGACACAUCACUUCUAGAUUUGUCUUUAAGAAUUCUUCAUUCAACAUUAUCUCAGAACCCUCGUGGUCAAAAUCAUUUUAAAAGCAUUGGAGGACUUGAAGUUCUGUUGGAUGGUCUUGGAAUACCGUCAAGUAAUGGGCUAAUGUCGAAAAGUUCUGCUGUUGAGAAAAGAUAUGAGAACACCUUGUUAAAAAUUUUCCAGCUCCAUGUUCUCUCUCUGGAAGUUCUCAAAGAGGCCGUCUAUGGAAAUAUCAGCAACUUGCAAUUUCUGUGUGAAAAUGGGAGAGUUCAAAAAUUCGCAAAUAGCUUUUGCUCACCUGCUUUCAUGUUUCAAGAGUACAAACAGCAGACGAAGGAUAUGUCUGGUCAACUUGAUUUCCAAAUGCCUAUGGUUGACUUUGGAAGUGAUAAGACUCUGAAAAACCAUAUAGCAGAGACUUCUGUUGCACUUCCUGCCAAUGUUUCUUACUCUCAACUUUGGAGUGAUUAUGCUGUGAAGCUGAGCAGGGUAUUUUGUUCUUUUCUUCCUGCUUCAGAAGAUAUUAAAUCUCAUGAUCUCGAAGCGUCCACUGGCCAGAUCGCUGUGGCAGUUUCUUCAUUGUAUGGUGAACUUUCAAUCAAAUGGGUUAUGAGGGUUCUUGUUACAGUGUUCCCCUGCAUUAAGGCCUGUUCAAAUCAAAAUGAUUUGCCAAGCCACUUAAGGGUCUUUGUCAAUACUCUGCAGCAUUGUGUUUUGAAUGCAUUUAGGAAGGUUCUUGUUUCAUCCCCUGCAUCACUCAAAGUAUUUCGGGACGAGGGAAUCUGGGAACUCAUAUUUUCUGAGAAUUUUUUCUACUUUGGACCAGCUUCUGAUGACCUUUCUGGAGAGUGUUGCACAUACGAGGAGUCUCCUCCUGAACUACUUUCUGCUUUUAGUGGCAUCAACAGUAUUCUCCAAAUGGAAGUAAUUUCUUUCCUGGAGUUUGCUGCAACUUCUAAUGGAAGUGCACAUAACUUGCCUGAAUUGUCUGCUCUGUUAGAUUCCCUUGAACAGUCUGCUUGCAAUCCUGAAGUUGCUAGUGUUCUUGCCAAGAGUCUGAUUCGCAUAUUACAGCUUUCAGCUGAGAAAACUGUUGCUUCUUUUAAGUCAGUUAAUGCAUUUCCUCGUGUGCUUAAAGUUGCUUGCAUUCAAGCCCAAGAAUCAAGAAGGUUUGUGAAUGCAAGCCCUUCUGUUGAGAGUAACGUUGUUGAAGUGGUUCCAAAUAAUCGAAAAUCCAAUUCACAUGAGACAAUGCAAAGAUGGCUUAAAUGCAUGGAGACGUCUAUGGAGCUCUAUAUGGAAUUUUUCUCAACAGCAGAAGAUGCUAGAAGUUUGGUUCUGCAUAGCCCUGAAUGUAUUGGUUAUUUAUUUGAUUUAUUCUGGGAAGAAGGUUUGAGAAAAAAUGUCCUUAAGCAUAUAUUUGAGCUGAUGAAGAGUGUAUCAUCAUCUGAGGAGGAUCAAAGAGCAAAGUUGCAGUUAUGCUCUAAGUACUUAGAAACAUUCACUCAAAUAAAGGAACGGGAGAAAAGCUUUGCAGAACUGUCUAUCAGUUUACUGGUCGGAAUGAGAGAUAUGCUCCAGAUUGAUCCCUUGUACUAUCAGACUUUGUUUCGUGAUGGAGAGUGCUUUUUGCAUGUUGUCUCUUUACUAAAUGGAAACCUUGAUGAGGCUAAUGGAGAAAAAUUGGUUCUGAAUGUCCUUCAAACUCUUACCUGUCUGCUUGCAAGCAAUGAUGCCUCAAAGGCUACAUUUAGAGUUCUUGCUGGCAAGGGAUACCAGACAUUGCAAAGCUUACUGUUGGAGUUUUGUCAGUCACGCUCAAGUGAAGGACUUUUGAAUGCGUUGCUCGAUAUGCUUGUUGAUGGAAAGUUUGAUAUGAAAUCAGGCCCUAAAAUAAAGAAUGAAGACGUGAUCAUACUUUAUCUGCGCAUUUUGCGGGAGAGCAGUGACUCGUCUCAGCAUAACGGGCUUGAUGUCUUUCAGCAAUUACUGAGGGAUUCCAUUUCCAAUCGGGCUUCCUGUGUCAGAGCAGGAAUUCUUAAUUUUCUUCUUGAUUGGUUUUCACAAGAAGAUAAUGAUAGCGUCAUCUUGAAAAUUGCCCAAUUAAUUCAGGUUGUUGGUGGGCACAGCACUUCUGGGAAGGACAUCCGCAAAAUCUUUGCGCUUCUCCGAAGCGAGAAAAUUGGGAACCGGCAGCAGUACUGCUCACUGUUGUUGUCCAGUGUUUUGUCAAUGCUAAAUGAAAAGGGACCUACUGCCUUCUUUGACUUCAGUGGGAAUGAUUCUGGUAUCGUAAUAAAGACGCCUGUGCAGUGGCCUCUGAACAAGGGCUUUUCUUUUUCAUGUUGGCUUCGGGUAGAGAAUUUCCCCAGAAGUGGAAAAAUGGGUCUUUUCAAUUUUCUUGCAGAAAAUGGGAGAGGGUGCAUGGCUGCACUUGCAAAGGACAAGCUUUUGUAUGAGUCAAUGAAUCUGAAGCGACAAUCAGUCCAGCUACAGGUAAAUAUUGUCAGAAAGAAAUGGCAUUUUCUAUGUAUAACUCAUAGCAUUGGAAGAGCAUUCUCCGGGGGUAGCUUAUUGAGGUGUUACGUGGAUGGUGAUCUUGUUUCUUCUGAAAGAUGCAGAUAUGCUAAAGUUAAUGAAUUGUUAACAAGUUGUAGAAUUGGUGCAAAAUUUGAUAUACCCCUGUAUGAUGACGAUUUUGCUAUGGAAUCUGUAAAAGAUUCACAUCCUUUCCUCGGUCAGGUUGGUCCUGUUUAUUUGUUUAAUGAUGCCAUUUCUUCUGAGCAAGUUCAGGGCAUCUAUUCCCUUGGACCGAGCUACAUGUAUUCGUUCCUUGACAAUGAAGCUGCCUCAUCUAAGGAUAACCCGGUGCUUAGUGGGGUCCUUGAUGUCAAAGAUGGUCUUGCAUCAAAAAUCAUUUUUGGACUUAAUGCACAGGCAUGUGAUGGCAGGAAACUCUUUAAUGUUUCACCAAUGCUAGAUCAUGUAUCAGAUAGGAACUCAUUUGAGGCAACUGUGAUGGUUGGCACACAGCAAUGUUCCAGACGCUUAUUGCAACAGAUAAUUUACUGUGUUGGAGGUGUAUCAGUGUUUUUCCCUCUUAUUGCCCAGUCCGAGAAAUAUGAAAAUGAAGAAAGUGGACAAUUUGAACAUACAUUGCCUAUUCCUAUCACAAGAGAGCGAGUGACUGCUGAAGUCAUUGAGCUUAUAGCUUCUGUGCUAGAUGAGAACAUAGCUAAUCAACAACAGAUGCAUCUUCUCUCUGGAUUCUCAAUACUGGGAUUCUUAUUGCAAUCAGUUCCUCCUCAGCAGCUUAAUUUGGAAACACUUUCAGCUUUGAAACAUCUGUUUAAUGUUGUCGCAAACUGCGGCUUGGCUGAGCUGCUUACUAAAGAGGCUAUAUCUAGCAUAUUUCUUAACCCUCUCAUCUGGUUGUACACGGUCUAUAAGGUGCAGCGUGAAUUAUACAUGUUUCUCAUCCAGCAGUUUGAUAAUGACCCAAGGCUGCUUAAAAGUCUUUGCCAGCUUCCCCGUGUUAUUGAUAUAAUACGCCAAUUUUAUUGGGACAACCCGAAAUCUCGAUUUGCUAUUGGAAGCAUGCCACUCCUUCAUCCAGUCACAAAACAAGUACUUGGAGAGAGACCCAGUAAUGAAGAAAUACGAAAAAUUCGUCUCCUUUUGUUAAGCCUUGGUGAAAUGAGCCUGAGGCAGAAAAUUGCAGCUGCAGAUAUAAGAGCUCUAAUAGCUUUUUUCGAGACAAGUCAGGAUUCGACCUGUAUUGAAGAUGUUUUACAUAUGAUUAUUCGAGCACUUUCUCAAAAACCACUGCUUGCAGCUUUCCUUGAACAGGUCAAUCUGGUUGGUGGUUGUCACAUAUUUGUUAAUCUUCUUCAGAGGGAAUAUGAACCUAUCAGAUUGCUCAGCUUGCAGCUCCUUGGAAGACUUUUGGUUGAUCUUCCAUCUGAGAAGAAGGGAGCAAGAUUUUUUAAUCUUGCAGUCGGAAGAUCUCGAUCUCUUUCAGAUGGCCAUAAAAAGAUCAGUAUGAGGAUGCAACCAAUUUUUUCAGCCAUGUCUGAUAGGUUAUUCAGGUUUCCACAAACAGAUAACUUGUGUGCUUCCUUGUUUGAUGUUCUUCUUGGUGGUGCUAGCCCCAAACAGGUGUUACAGAAGCACAGCCAGGUUGAAAGGCAGAGAAGCAAAGGACAUGUCUCUCAUUUUCUCCUUCCUCAAAUUUUGGUUCUUAUUUUCCGAUUCCUGUCUGGCUGUGAAGAUGUGGCUUCAAGAAUGAAAAUUUUCAGAGAUUUACUUGAUCUUCUUGAUUCAGAUCCUUCAAAUGUUGAAGCUUUUAUGGAAUUUGGCUGGAAUGCCUGGUUAACAGCUUGUGUAAAGCUUGGUGUGUUCAAAAACUACAAAGUUAAUCCCCAAGACCAAGAUGACAAUGAGAAAAACGAGCAAGAUAUAGUGAGGAAUCUAUUUGGUGUUGUUCUUUGUCACUAUGUUCAUUCUGUAAAAGGUGGGUGGCAACAGUUGGAAGAGACAGUGACUUUCCUACUAAUGCAGUGUGAACAUGGGGGCAUUUCAUUUCGAUACUUGCUACGUGAUAUAUAUAUGGAUUUGAUUAGGAAACUGGUGGAAUUAUCUUCUGAAGAGAAUAUUUUUAUCUCACAACCAUGCCGGGACAACACAUUAUACCUUCUAAGACUGGUUGAUGAGAUGCUUAUCUCUGAAAUUGACCAAAAACUUCCGUUUCCGGCAAGUAGCUCUGACUUUUCGCUUGAUUCCUUAGAGUUGGAACGCCAUAAAGAUUAUGGCUCAGCUUUAUACGAAGUGCUGCAAGGAGAAAUCGAUAGCCAAACAUCCAGGAUCCCUGGGAGUUGCAAGCAGCCAAUCAAUAAUGCAGAAGGCAUUGUAAAUGAAAAGUGGUGGAAUCCAUAUGACAAUUUGUGGAUUAUUUUAAGUGAGAUGAACGGUAAAGGACCAAGCAAGUCCUUACCCAAAUCAUCACCAUCUGUAGGUCCAUCUUUUGGCCAAAGAGCACGUGGCUUAGUGGAAUCUGUGGAUAAGGCAAUGCUCUUACGUGGGGAGAGAUGCCCAAGAAUAAUUUUUCGACUUGUAAUACUAUAUCUCUGCAGAGCUUCUCUAGAAAGAGCAUCACGUUGUGUCCAACAGGUCAUUUCGCUUCUGCCAUGUCUCUUGGUAGCUGAUGAUGAGCAAAGCAAAAGCAGAUUGCAGCUGUUCAUUUGGGCUUUGCUUGUUGUGAGGUCGCAGUUUGGAAUGUUAGAUGAUGGUGCUCGUUUUCAUGUGAUAUCGCACUUGAUUCGAGAAACUGUCAACUUUGGUAAAUCAAUGCUUGCUACUAGUAUUAUGGGGAGAGAGGACUCCUUGGAUUCAGGCAACAACGUAAAAGAAGCAGGAUCCAUUCACAAUCUAAUUCAGAGGGAUCGAGUGCUAGCAGCAGUUGCUGAUGAGGCAAAAUAUACGAAGUCAUUAGAUACAGAUCGUCAAAGGCAGUUACGUGAGCUCCAAUCUAGGAUGGAUGAAAAUUCUUCAGCAGAAUCUAAUAAUAGAAAAGCUUUUGAAGAUGAGAUACAAAGUAGCUUGACUUCCAUUCUUGCUUUAGAUGACAGCAGGAGAGCUGCAUUCCAGCUCACUCAUGAGGAGGAGCAACAAAAUGUUGUUGCAAAAUGGAUACACAUGUUUCGUGCUUUGAUUGAUGAGAGAGGUCCAUGGUCUGCUAAUCCUUUUCCAAAUAGUUCUGUAAGGCAUUGGAAACUUGACAAGAUAGAAGAUACCUGGCGACGUAGACAAAAGCUGAGACAGAAUUAUCAUUUUGAUGAAAAGCUGUGUCAUCCUUCGUCCUCUGUGCCUAGCAAUGAGGUUACACCUCCCGUUAAUGAAAGUAAAUCUGGUUUCGUGGGGCACAUUCCUGAACAAAUGAAACGAUUUUUGCUGAAAGGGGUAUGGAAGAUAACUGAUGAGGGCAGCUCAGAACCUAAUGAAAUUGAUACUGAACUUGGUGGGCAGAAACCCUCCAUCCCUAAGGAUACUUCAGACAGCCAGUGCUCCGAAUUAGCCAUGGACACCAGUGAUUGGAUGCAGGAGAGAAAAGAUUCUUCUUCCUCUUCACUUGAGGCAGAAACUAGUGAGGUUCUUACAUCAGUUCCUUGUGUGCUUGUAACCCCAAAAAGAAAACUAGCUGGACAUUUGGCAGUCAUGAAAAAUGUCUUGCAUUUCUUCGGUGAAUUUUUGGUUGAAGGUACUGGGGGAUCAUCCGUUUUCAGAAACUUCCAUGGUUCAAGCAAUCAUGAUUUGACCAAACCUGAUCAAAAGCAGAAAUCUGUGAAACAACCACUAUAUCUUGAUUCAGAUUCUGAGAAGGGUGCCACAGUCGAUAAAUUUGAGGCAAUGAAUGAAAAUGUUCUUAAAAGAAAACAAUUUAAAAAUAUUAAGCGCCACAGGAGAUGGAAUAUGGGCAAGAUAAAAGCUGUUUGUUGGACUCGUUAUUUGCUUCGAUACUCUGCAAUAGAAAUUUUCUUCAGCGAUUCAGCUGCACCAGUAUUUUUGAAUUUUGCAACCCAGAAGGAUGCAAAAGACACUGGAACCUUAAUAGUUGCUACUAGGAAUGAAUAUUUGUUUCCAAAAGGAAGUGGUCGGGACAAAAGUGGAGCUAUUUCAUUUGUUGAUAGACGUGUGGCACUGGAGAUGGCAGAAACUGCUCGAGAGAGCUGGAGGAGAAGGGAAAUGACAAAUUUUGAAUAUCUAAUGAUUCUCAAUACGUUGGCUGGAAGAUCUUAUAACGAUUUGACGCAAUAUCCUGUCUUUCCUUGGGUCUUGGCUGAUUAUUCCUCCGAGGUUCUUGAUUUUAAUAAGUCUUCCACUUUUCGGGAUCUUUCAAAACCAGUUGGAGCCCUUGAUGUGAAGAGAUUUGAGGUUUUUGAAGAUAGGUAUCGUAGCUUCUCUGAUCCUGAUAUACCUAGUUUCUACUAUGGGUCUCAUUACUCAAGCAUGGGGAUUGUGCUUUAUUACCUUCUGAGAUUGGAGCCCUUUACUUCUCUCCAUCGAAAUUUGCAGGGUGGUAAAUUUGACCAUGCAGAUCGUCUCUUUCAAAGCAUUGAGGGAACAUAUCAGAACUGCCUUUCUAAUACAAGUGAUGUGAAGGAGCUAAUACCUGAGUUCUUUUACAUGCCAGAGUUUCUUGUAAAUUCAAACUCUUAUCAUUUUGGUGUGAGACAAGAUGGUGAACCUAUUGCAGAUGUUUGCCUCCCGCCCUGGGCCAAGGGCUCACCAGAAGAAUUUAUUAACAAGAACAGAGAGGCCCUUGAAAGUGAAUAUGUUAGCUCUAAUCUACACCAUUGGAUAGAUUUGGUAUUUGGUUACAAGCAGCGUGGAAAACCUGCCGUGGAGGCAGCAAAUAUCUUUUAUUACUUAACCUAUGAAGGUGCUGUUGAUCUGGAAACCAUGGAAGAUGAUUUGCAAAGAUCAGCAAUUGAAGACCAAAUUGCAAAUUUUGGCCAGACACCAAUUCAGAUUUUCCGUAAAAAACACCCAAGAAGAGGGCCACCUAUUCCAAUUGCCCAUCCUUUGCACUUUGCACCUGGUUCUAUUAACUUGACUUCCAUUGUUUGUGGUUCAAGUCAUCAACGGUCGGCUGCCUUAUAUGUGCGUACAGUGGACUCUAAUGUUGUCCUUGUAAACGAGGGGCUCACCUUGUCAGUUAAGAUGUGGUUGACAACCUCACUGCAAUCUGGUGGAAAUUUUACCUUCUCUGGCUCCCAGGAUCCUUCUUUUGGCGUUGGUUCUGAUAUUCUUUCUCCUCGUAAAAUUGGGAGUCAUUCGGCUGAAAAUGUUGAACUUGGAGCACAAUGCUUUGCAACAAUGCAAACACCAUCUGAGAACUUUUUGAUCUCAUGUGGCAAUUGGGAAAAUAGUUUUCAGGUUAUAUCCUUAAAUGAUGGCAGAAUGGUACAAAGCAUCAGACAGCAUAAGGAUGUGGUCAGUUGCAUUGCAGUGACAUCUGAUGGAAGCUUCCUUGCAACUGGAAGUUAUGACACUACAAUCAUGGUGUGGGAAGUCUUCCGCGGUAGAACCCAAGAAAAGAGGACUCGCAAUACACAGACCGAACUACCUCGCAAAGAUUAUGUCAUUGUUGAAACUCCUUUUCGUAUUCUCUGUGGACAUGAUGAUAUAAUUACAUGCUUAUAUGUCAGUGUGGAGCUUGACAUAGUGAUCAGUGGAUCAAAAGAUGGAACUUGUGUUUUUCAUACCCUGCAGGAUGGAAGAUAUGUAAGAUCUUUGCGCCAUCCAUCUGGAUGCGCUUUGUCAAAGCUUGUCGCCUCUCGGCAUGGACGCAUCGUCUUUUAUGCUGAUGAUGAUCUGAGUUUGCAUCUGUAUUCAAUUAAUGGUAAACAUCUUGCUUCUUCUGAAUCCAACGGACGCCUCAACUGUGUUGAGUUGAGUGGGUGUGGUGAGUUUUUGGUUUGUGCUGGUGACCAAGGGCAAAUCAUUGUACGCUCUAUGAAUUCACUUGAGGUCAUAAAGAAGUGUAAUGGAGUUGGAAAGAUAAUUACAUCUCUGACAGUGACCCCAGAAGAAUGCUUCUUAGCAGGAACAAAAGAAGGAACCCUUCUCGUGUAUUCUAUAGAAAAUACUCAACUUCGCAAAGCUAACCUUCCUCGAAAUUCAAAGUCCAAACCUUCUUCAACAGGAUAAAUUAACCAUUUGGGAUUCAAGUUGUGGAGUUUCAAUGGCGAGCAAUGAUUGGGAUGUAAGUCCAAGGAGUCUACAAAAAAUUUCAGAAUGAUGAGCAUGUCCAUUACAUGCCAGGGGCUCAGACUCCUUUCCAUUUCGGUUUCGUCUCCUUGACACUUUGGUAUGUGAAGACAAAGUAAAGGGAUACAUGCGGUUCAACUGGCACCACUUGAACGGUUUUGAAGGAUGUUCAAGCAUAUUAAUGUAAAACAUGGAGAGCUCGAGAACUUUUUGAGGUGAAGUUUUCUGUAACAUUUCGAAGUGGUAAAAAAGUAAUGCCUUCAUACAAAUCAAUUGCUCCUCAUCUCCAUAUUGAGGAUCAACAUACAUGUACAUUAUGUUCUUGGUAGGUUAGAUUUAAAAGAUUGUGUAUUAACCACAGUGGCAGGCUAACUCUGGUUUUUCCUUUUUCUAAGUAGCAAGUGUUAAUUCUUCAAACCUUGUAUAGAUGGGCAGCUGUGCCUUCUUUUUUCUAAAGCAAUGACGAACAUUUUUUUUUUCUUUUCCUUUACUCUGUAGCAUAAAUUCUCUGAAGAGACAGUAACAUUACUUUUUCGGCCAAUAGGGUUUCUCCGAUCUUUUGUAGUUUUGCCCUUGAAUAUCUUCUAUUUGUCCGCAAUUAUAUUCAAUAUAUUCUGUGUUC